GAUUGCGUCAUCAAAUUUCAAAACGAGGCUCGGAACGCAAACAAGAUGGCGAGUUCCAGUACAAGUACGGGUACAGCAUAUCAUUGUUGUGUCCCAUUGUGCAACAAUGAUUCCCGGUAUGACAACAAUAGGGAAAUAUCUUUUCACAAAUUCCCUACAGAAAAAAUCAAAAGGAAAGAAUGGAUUAUUAAAAUCCGCAGGGAUAUAGGGCCACACUUCAGAAUAUCGGAUGCUACCAGGGUGUGUUCAGCCCAUUUUUUACAAACUGAAGUACGUCGGUCAUUGAAUGGUAAACGACUGCUAAAGCCAGGAAGUGUACCAAGUAUAUUCGCCUGGAAUUCCCCGGUCAAGAGAAUCAGGCCACUUAGGAGAUCACUGAAAGUCAUGUCACCAGCAAAGUCUGCAGAGGUCAGCAUUGAGGAAGCACCUGAAGUAUCGACCAUUUCCGAGGACCAGACUCCACCUGUGUCAAGUGACCAUGACUACAUAGUCCAUACUGCAGUUCACGACCAAUUGGAGGCAGCCCAAGAAGAAAUUGUGAACUUACAAGGAAAACUUGUGGCAGUGGAAAAGAGACUUUUUUCUUUGGAGCGAUUCACUACAGAUCCCCAGAUGAUAAACUUUUAUACUGGUUUUAAAGAUUAUGAAACCUUAAAAUGUUUAUAUAAUGCUCUUCAGCCAUCUGCAGCAACGAUGAUUAGAUGGACACAAAUGCAAAGACACUCUUCAAAUACAGAGAAAAUGAAGUUGAAUGCUAUUCGUAAUGAAGCAUUGCCACUCAUAGAUCAGUUCUUUAUGUUCCUUUGUAGAGUGCGUCAGGGAUUUCCAGAACAGGAUUUGGCUGUUAGAUUUAACAUAUCUCAGUCUUCAGUUAGUAGAAUUUUAAUAACUUGGUCUAAUUAUUUAUAUACUAUGCUGGGUUGUUUACCUAUUUGGCCACCUCGUUGUGUGAUUGACAGUAACAUGCCUACUUGUUUUAAAGAGUCAUAUCCCCAAGUCAGAGUCAUCUUGGAUUGUACAGAAAUUAAAGUUCAAACCCCUAGCUCAAAAGUGUUAAAUUCUGAAACUUACUCCAAUUACAAGAGUCACACAACAUUUAAGAGCUUGAUUGGGAUAACUCCAUGUGGUGCUGUGUCGUUCAUUAGCUCAUUGUAUACAGGAAGCAUCAGUGAUAAAGCUAUAACUGCAUUAUCAGGAAUUUUGGACCUGUUAGAACCUAACGAUCAAGUAAUGGCUGACAAAGGAUUUUUGAUAGCUGACCUAUUAGACAAACAUCAUGCGUCUUUGAUAAUACCCCCUUUUCUUGGUGAAAAGGGAAAAUUUUCUGCUAGUGAGGUAGCACAAACACAUGAGAUAGCACGGCUCCGUAUUCAUGUAGAGCGAGCUAUAAGGAGGAUAAAAGAGUAUCAUAUAUUUGAUGGGGUCAUACCUCUUAAUUUAGCUGCAUCAAUUAAUCAGAUAUGGACAGUUUGUGCAAUACUGACAAAUUUCAGGGGACCUUUAUUCUAG